AGAAUGAGAUCGAUCUCCUGCUUCGUCGACUGGAGUUGAGCGGCCAAUCCGAAUGCCAUUUAAAGCUGUCCAUUGAUCCGAAUGGGACAAAAAAGAAUGGCAAAAUUUCGGACUUCUUGAGAUCCACCACCACGCUCCGUCACCUCUUCACCUCAAUUCUUGACAUCAGGAGUGUGCCUAAGAAGCCUUUAAUUCGUGUUCUGGCGGAGUACACGAGGAAUCCAAGCGAGCGAAAUGCUCUCUCAUAUUUGUGUAGCCGUGAAGGAGGAACCGCCUACUUAUCCCAAGUCCGAGCCAACCAAUUGUGUCUAUUGGACCUUCUCCUGGCUUUGCCCUCAUGUCAGCCUCCCCUGACUCGACUUAUGGAACAACUACCAAGGUUGAUGCCUCGUCCCUAUUCGGCCGCUUCGACCAUGAAAAAAGGUCAUGUGGACUUUGUUUUCAACACUGUAAACUUCGAGCGUGAGAACGGUCGAUUAUUUGCUCGUCGCGGUGUUUGCACCGGUUGGCUAGAAGACCUUUACUCCCAAACAGUGUCUGAAAGGCCGAAGAUUCAUGUAUAUGGGCGUAGCAAUCAGAACUUUCGAUAUCCUGAGGACUUGACCAGCCCUGUCAUCAUGAUUGGUCCAGGCACCGGGGUGGCGCCUUUCAGAGGAUUUUUGCAGUGGAGAGAGGAGCGGGAAGUUCAAAAAAACGAUGCUUCUCUUGGCCCCGCAUGGCUGUUCACCGGAUGUCGGUACCAAGAUGCUGAUUUUCUCUUUAGUGAUGAUUGGAAGACUUGGCUGGAAAGUGGAAUACUUACUCGAAUCUCAUCGUGUUUUUCGAGAGAUGAUCCACAAAGUAGUGUCAAAUAUGUCCAGCAUGAGAUCAAAAGGAAUUUCAAAGACGUGCUUGAUUUUAUGGAAUCGAAUUCGAAGGCCACAAUUUUUGUAUGUGGCGACGCUCGAAAUAUGGCGAAGGAUGUUCAACUGGCCUUGGUCGAUGGACUCAUAGUUGAGAAAGGAAUUGAUAAAGCCGGAGCUGAGUCUAUUAUGGCAGAUUGGAUCAUGGCUAAGCGAUAUUUGCAAGACAUUUGGACCUAACCAUACACUAUCGCUAUUUCUUCAUUCUUGACGGUGGAAAGUGUCUGAAGGAAAAAGUGACCAAUUUAGACGAAACUUCAUGAAAUACCAUUAAAAAGCCUUAUUCAUUCCUUUCAAUUGAUAUGGACCAAACAAGAAGAGCCAACCGUUACAAAGUGAAUGCUAGUGAUAUGAAUAAAAUAAAUCGUGAGCAAUGAAAUA